AUGGCAGGCGCCCAUGAGACGCUGAGCUGCACAAGGUGCGGUACCUGGGCGAGUCAUACCCAACACCCCCAUCGUACCCCGCAUUGGUCAGAAGACAUAGGUUUCCAAGCGCCGGCGCCGCAAGAAUCUCCGGAUCACACUGAACCAGCUUCACUCGCUGUGGAGAAUCCUCUCUCUCUCCGACAUGCGGAAUUUACGACUUCCGCUGCGGGAGUCACAUAUUACCUGGGCACCUCUUCCAACUGGUCCUUCACUCGCCGGGUUCUGAAUCUUACCCAAUCGCAAGUCUGCAACUCUCCGGCGCCUCCACAGGCUCUCAUCUCUGAUGAUGACCCGAAUCUUCUGCCCGAACUUCCGACGCUUUACCACGCCAUUUUCUUGAUCAACACAGUUCAGUUCAACUGCUGUCAGCUGUUUCACCUCUUCGACAGGGCAGAGUUUAUGGAACCGUGUCACCAGUUCUAUGCAAACCCGACCCACGACAUUGCAUCCGCUGGCCUGUGGUACAUCCACUUCUGCCUCGUCAUUGCACUCGGAAAGGCGUUUCAGUCGCGACGGCACGGAAGUAAGUUGCCUUUCGGACAAGAGUUUCUGCUAUCGGUAUUUCGGCAGUUCCCCAAUACCGGAGCUCUCAUCCAGCAGCCGCUUCUCUCGGUGGAAAUUCUCUGCUGUGCAGUACUUUGCCUACAAUGCAUCGAUCAUCGUUAUUACGCCCACUCUAUGAUUGGGGAGGCCCUGAGAAUAUCACUGUUUCAAGGCUGGCACACCGAAAUGCCGCCAUUGGAGCUUGGUGAUCGCUACGUGGAACGUUGCCGGCGGGCAUGGUGGACGGUCUACAUACUGGAUCGUGAAUUCACGUCCUUAAUGGGUCUCCCGCUGACGAUCCAAGACGACGACGUCAACUGCCCCCUGCCCAAGUUUGACGGCCAGAUGCAACGAAUGGCGACGCUUGAGAUGCAAGUCAAGCUGUGCCGCAACAUCGCUGACAUCAACAAAAGACUUUACGGGGGCGGAGGAAACUUGCAUCGGAAAUACCUUUCUCGAGCCAAAGAUAUCCUCGGCAAUAUCGCUGAUGUCGCAGAGGAGCUUAGGACGGCGUUUCCCUUAAGCCGAAGGAAAUCAUGGACGUAAUUUCCAGGACAGCUUCCCACUUGCAUUUGUUGUAUCACAUGGUGUCCUGACCAAUCGUUUUGUGCAUCACGCUCGUGAUGCGACCGCUUCUUGUUUACCUUCUCAAGACACGCUUCGCUCCAUUCAACGAGUACUUCAGCACUUUGGAGUCUCUGCCAACGGUACGAAACCUCGUAAGAAUAUGUCUUGAGUCUUCUCAGACCAUGAUCUCUAUUCUUGAGUGCUUGAUGAAUCAGGGCCUGCUCGGUGCAUUCUUUCCUUAUGACACUGAAGCUAUCUUUGUGUCUACUACGAACCUGCUCCUCGGCCCAGCAGUAGACCCGCAGUUCAUCAAUGGGGGUCGGACAUGGCGGCAGAGGGCGUUUGUCGUUUUUGAUGACAUGAUCAACUGCGGAAACCAAGUGGCCAAGUUCCGUAAAGACGAGCUUCUGCAACUGGAUGAGUUACUGGAACUCUUUGGGACUGUGGCCCCCCUUCAUCGACCGGAAGCAACGGCGGCCGAUGCCACAGUGCCGGCAACGCAGAGCCACGAAGACCAGAAUGAGCCUGAUGCCCUAUGAACGCUCCCCUACU